AUGCUCUUACUAUUCGAGACGCCUGGAGGUUUUGCCCUCUUUAAAGUUAAAAAUGAAGGAAAGCUUGCUAACGUUGAGGAUCUGGGUAAAGAGUUCGCAUCUCCAGACUCAGCACGAAAGAUGGUUAAGCUAAAAGCUUUUGAUAAGUUUGACAACACAUCUGAAGCUCUCGAAGCAGUGGCUAAGUUGCUUGAGGGAACUCCAAGCAAAGGUCUCCGCAAGUUUUUGAAAGCUAACUGCGAAGGUGAAACCUUGGCUGUGGCUGAUUCAAAGCUUGGAAACGUCAUCAAGGAGAAGCUGAAAAUCGAUUGUGUUCACAACAAUGGUGUGAUGGAGCUACUUCGUGGUGUUAGAAGUCAGUUCACAGAGCUCAUAUCUGGUUUGGGUGAUCAAGACUUGGCUCCUAUGAGUUUGGGUUUGUCUCACAGUCUCGCUAGAUACAAGCUCAAGUUCAGCUCUGACAAGGUGGACACGAUGAUAAUCCAAGCUAUUGGUCUGCUCGAUGAUCUUGACAAAGAGCUGAACACAUAUGCGAUGAGAGUUAGAGAGUGGUACGGAUGGCAUUUUCCCGAGCUUGCUAAGAUCAUUUCGGACAAUAUCCUAUACGCCAAAUCUGUGAAGUUGAUGGGAAACCGGAUUAAUGCUGCCAAGUUGGACUUCUCUGAGAUUUUAGAUGACGACGUUGAGGAAAAAAUGAAGGAAGAUUCUGUGAUAUCUAUGGGAACAGAAGUCAGUGACCUCGAUUUACUGCACAUCCGUGAGCUCUGUGACCAGGUCCUCUCUCUUGCUGAGUACAGAGCCCAGCUCUACGAUUACCUGAAGAGCAGAAUGAACACUGUUGCACCAAAUCUGACUGCCUUGGUUGGGGAGCUUGUUGGUGCUCGUCUUAUUUCCCAUGGAGGUAGUUUGUUGAACCUUUCCAAGCAACCUGGAAGCACCAUUCAGAUUCUCGGUGCAGAGAAAGCUCUCUUCAGAGCACUCAAGACGAAGCAUGCCACACCCAAGUAUGGAUUGAUUUACCACGCGUCUGUGGUUGGUCAAGCAGUACCAAAGCAUAAGGGAAAGAUCUCCCGGUCAUUGGCUGCUAAAGCUGCUCUCUCUAUUAGGUGUGAUGCUCUCGGUGAUGGUCAAGAUAACGCUUAUGGACUUGAAAACCGUACCAAGCUUGAAGUAAGGUUGAGAUCUCUUGAAGGAAAAGACUCAAGUCGUCUUUCUGGUUCAGCUAAAGGCAAACCUAAGAUUGAAGUCUAUGACAAGGACAAGAAGAUGGGGUCUGGUGGUCUUAUCACUCCUGCUAAGACUUACAACACUGCUGCAGAUUCUCUUAUUGGGAAAACACCAACUAAGUCUGUGACCGAGGACGGUGAGAAGUCAUCAAAGAAGAAGGAUAAGAAGAAGAAGAAGGUGGAAGAAGAGGAACCCGAGAAAGAGGAAUCGUCAAAGAAGAAGAAGAAGAAGAAAGCUGAAGCAGAAACUGAAGUCGUAGAGGUUGCAAAAGAGGAGAAGAAGAAUAAAAAGAAGAGAAAGCAUGAGGAAGAAGAAGCAACAGAGACCGAAACACCAGCCAAGAAGAAAGAUAAGAAGGACAAGAAAAAAACUGCUUUUGUCUGGUCAAGUUUCAGAUUUGACCAUCUGUGUCGCCAAUUUCGCCUCUCGAUCAUAAACUGCAGUUGA